AAAAACGCAAGGUAGGCUGCCGCUCCUGUCGGCGGACUGACGACGACACGUCGGUCGAGGACAGAUCGAGGCUCGUCGGCUCCUCGAACUCUCCACCGGACGUGGGACGUGGAUGUGUCGGGACUCGCGAGGUGUGUUCGGGCGGUACAUUUGGUUGUGUGGGCUCUUCUCCGAGCGUCGGUCUGGGUCUUCAUCUCUUCAUGCCUCGACCGCGCGGACCGCACGAGCAGUCGACGUCCGGAGCAGACACACGCCGCAGACAAAGCCCCCUCCCCUCCCUCCCCUCCCUCCCUCCCCUUCCCGCCGCCUCGCGCCGCCUCCACCUGAAACCGACGAGGAGAUAAACAGACGAGGAGCGACAUGCGUGCGGAGCUGCUGUGGGUCUGCGUGGCGUGCCUGCUGCGCCCCGGUGCCGCGGGCCCCCCGGGCCCCCCGGGCCAGUCGACGGCGGCGGCGGCGGCGGCGUGUUCGCCCGCGUGCAGCUGCGACGACGACGGAGGAGCGGACUGCUCCGGCCGGGGACUGACCGCCGUCCCGGCCGGACUCAGCGCCUUCAGCUACUAUCUUGACCUGAGCAUGAACAACAUCACUGAGCUUCCAGCACAUGUAUUCAACAACUUCCCCUAUCUGGAAGAACUACGACUUGCGGGAAACGACCUGUCAUUCAUCCACCCGGAAGCCCUGUCUGGACUGCAUCAGCUCAAAGUCCUGAUGCUCCAGAAUAAUCAGCUGAAGACUGUGCCUGGUGCGGCCCUGAAGAACCUUCAUGCUCUCCAGUCUCUUCGCCUGGAUGCGAACCACAUCACCACGGUUCCAAACGACAGUUUCGAAGGCCUUCAGCAGCUGCGCCACCUCUGGUUGGACGAUAACAAUCUGACGGCGAUCCCCAUCGGUUCUCUGCGGCACCAGGCGAAUCUGCAGGCUCUGACGUUGGCACUCAACCGCAUCUCGUACAUACCAGACAACGCCUUUGCAAACCUCACCAGUCUAGUUGUGCUGCAUCUUCAUAACAACCGAAUCAAAGCGAUAGGAGAAAACUGCUUUGCUGGACUCUUGAACCUGGAGACACUAGAUCUGAACUUCAACAACCUGAUGGUUUUUCCCAAAGCAAUAGAGGCUCUGCCCAAACUGAAGGAAGUCGGCUUUCACACCAACGAUAUUGCCUCUAUACCUGAAGGGGCCUUCCGUAACAACCCCCUGCUGCGAACCAUACAUCUGUAUGACAACCCCCUGUCCUUCGUGGGCGCCUCUGCUUUCCAGAAUCUGUCCGACCUCCACUCCCUGAUGCUGCGUGGGGCCAGUAUGAUGCAGGACUUCCCAAUCCUUACGUGGACUAAUAACCUUGAGAGUCUGACCCUGUCAGGAACCAAGAUAUCGUCCACCCCCGCUGAUCUGUGUGAGGAUCUCAAGUUGCUUCGCACGCUAGACUUGUCCUACAAUGAGAUCGAGGGGCUGCCGUCGCUCCAGGGCUGCGUCCGACUGCAGGAGAUAAGCUUUCAGCACAACCACAUUCAACAAAUUGAGAGGGACACUUUCCAAGGUCUCUCUUCUCUCCGUCUACUAGACCUGAGCAGAAAUGAAAUCCGAGUUAUCCACCCGGAUGCUUUCCUUACCCUCACUGCCCUCACCAACCUAGAUCUGAGUAUGAACUCUCUGACUGUGAUUCCAACAACUGGACUGAGCGCCCUCAGUCAGCUAAAACUGUCAGGGAACCCACAGAUGAAAAAUGUGCUGACUGCAAAAAACCUCCCAAAACUCAGGUCCAUCUCCGUCCCGUACGCCUACCAGUGCUGUGCAUUCGUUGGAUGUGACUCGGUGACGAGUUCCUCUGAGGAAAAUGACAUCAAGAAAUCUACAGGGGAGGAUGUGGAAAGAAUCUCAAUGAUAAUGAACUGUUCUCCAUCACCGGGAGCUUUCAAGCCUUGUGAGCACCUCCUGGGUAACUGGAUGAUUCGUCUGACGGUCUGGUUCAUCUGCCUGGUGUCGCUGGUCUUCAACAGCCUGGUGCUGGUCGCCACCUUUUCCCCCGCACACCGGGCCGCGGGCCACUCCCACUCCCUGACCGCGACUCCCUCUCCGGCCAGGCUGCUGAUGGGGCUGUUGGCCUUGGCCAAUCUGCUCACAGGCACGUAUGUCGGCGUGCUGACGGUGCUCGACGUCGCCACCUGGGGCUCCUUCGCAGAGUUUGGUGUGUGGUGGGAGAUGGGGCCCGGCUGCCAGAUCACAGGAGCUCUGGCCGUCUUCUCGUCGGAGUGGGCCGUCUUGCUGCUGUCCCUCGCCGCCGUGGAGCGCAGCGUGGCCGUGCGGACGAUUCUCGGCAAAGUCAUGAUGUCACCCAGGAGGAACGGUGGCAGCCACCGAGGAUGCUGGAGAGGAGAUCAGCGCUUCACCCUGGCUGCAGGACUCCUGGGGCUGCUGGCUGCAGCAGCAGCCUGCCUGCCUCUCCUGACCGCCGGCGACCAGUCGGCCUCUCCCCUCUGCCUGCCCUUCGCUGGUGGCGAGAGUCCAGCUCUGAGUAUUACAGUGUUCCUGGUGCUGCUCAACGCGCUGGCGUACCUGUUCACCGCAGCAGUGUACACCCAGAUGUACUGCCACCUGGGCAGAGUGGAGCUGGCCGAUCCAGAGCAGACGGGUGCCUUGCGUCACGUAGCCUGGCUCAUCUUCACCAACUGUAUCUUCUUCUGCCCCGUGGCGGCUUUCUCCUUCGCCCCUCUCCUGACUGGCUCCGCAGCCGGCGGCCCAGAGAUCGCCAAGUCUGUCACCCUGAUUUUCUUCCCGCUGCCGGCUUGCCUGAACCCAGUGCUGUACGUGUUCUUCAGCCCGGCCUUCAGGGAGGACUGGCUAAGACUACGCGGCCGCGGAGGUUUGACCAGGGAGGUGAAGGCCGGCGCCGCAGGUCACGGAGACGAUGGCGGUGGAGGGUCGGAGCUCACAGACGCAGGCUCCUCCACCCACCUGGGCUUUGACUGUGGGGUUUACUCGCAGCUCUGCGGAGAGACAGUUGUAUGCGAGCAGUGCGAGGCGGCGCUGCAUGCCAGGACCUGCUCUUCCCCCUCGUCCUCCACAGUCUGUAGACACUUGGUGAAGUCUCACAGCUGUCCCACCCUCCUGGCGGGAGCAGCGGUGUGCCAACGCGCCGAGGGGUUUUGGGCCGACAGCGCCACGCCCUCCGCUCAGUCCGAGUACGCCGACGAGGGGGACUCGUUCGUGUCGGACUGCUCUGACCAGGUUCAGGCCUGUGGCAGAGCCUGCUUCUGUCAGAGCAGAGGACUUCCUCUCGUACACUACUCAUACAACAUACCUCGAGUCAAGGACUAAAGACGCCACAGAUCUCUCAUGUGAAUUUAGAUCCUGCAAGAAAAUGUAAACCUUUUUUAUAUCGGACAACAAAAUGUGCCAACGACCCUGUUGACGGACUGUUCAGCAAGCACUUAUAUAAACAGACAUGCAACCGACGAUUUAAAGGGAACUCGGAACUCGGAGGACAUUUCUGAGCUGAAAUGAGCACGUCAUGUUAGGAACUGGUCAAACGAUCCUGCAAAGGAACAAAUCUUGCCACCCGUGCCUUCCUCCUGCUCUCGAUGGUGGAUGUCAUGACGUUGCGAUUUAUGUGUCAAAGAGUUUGUGAUUUCUCUUUGAUCUGUGCGUCUAAGCUUUUUAAAUUUAAAUUUUUCUACUUUGAUUUUUUUUUAAAUGUAGCAAAGUGUAGUAAUCAUCCUAGACUUUCCUGCUUGAAUGUAACUUUACGGCAGUCUUCACCCACCAGAGUAACGUAAUGUCUUCCUGCCUGUGACCGGACGCUUCAUCGAUGUGUGGAUGGUAAAAUGCCAGUUUCCGCUUCUUUGCUUUAAGUUACUAAGACUAAGAAUGUGAUAAAAGUAGCAGAUGUCACUGUUUUAACAACGACCGUGCUCGUGGUUUUGAGAGAUGUUAUUUAUUGUUUGAGCUGCAGCAGUCCGGGUGGAGACGAUUUCAGGUGUAUGAACGGUGGCCUUUGAAUGAUGAAUAUACAAUAUAACCAUAGCAUUUGCCAAAAUAACAGCACUUCUAUUUAAUUUUCUUUUCUUUCCAAGUUGGAAUCAUUAUUUUCUUAAAUCCUGCUCUACUAAAAUCUGGGCCUUGUUUCUGAGUUUUUUUUGCCGUCAUGCUCUUUGAUUUGGAUCAAACAUCUAUAAAAAUAUAUAUUAUAUAAAUAUCUAUUUUUUUAAGUAGAGUAAUACUUCAAUGAGGCCUGCUUUUAUCUGAUGGUCAGAUUGUUUGGCUGAAGGGACAGUUGUUGACUUGACGCUGAAUUAAAUAGCUUAAAAAAAACCAAUGGAUUGAACAAACAAUAUAUAACAUAUUAAUCAGUGAUCUUAAAAUAUGCUGGUACAUGGAUUAUACUACCUUCAGUUACACUAAAGCUCACCACUUUCUCCUGCUUCUUAUUUUAAUGCUAAAAUAAGUGCACAGAUAUCACUGUGGUCUUGCUUUCUUCAUCUUAUGCCUGGAAUGAAAGAGAAUAUUUUCCAAAAUUUCCCAAAAAUAGAAAAACAACAAGCCUAAGUUGUCUUGUACACCCUCAAAUUGUAAAAGCUUGUUUACAAACAAGGCACAAACAGGAAGUCCAACGAUCAAAACAUCAUCCGUUUCACCACAUUCUCGUGAGGGAAGUGAUUGGUGAAUGUAAUCGCCACCUUCAACAUAAUUCAACUUGAUUGCAUCAAGUAAAACACAUGAACACGGCGUCCAAGGUAAACACGUGACUGUAAUCUUUCUCUUCCACCUCCUCCAACGUGAACGCUGCCCGAGACCGCCAGCCAGCUGAGUCAACAAGAAAGUGCUUCGGCGGUGCCAAAAAGUUGGAAAUGGAUUAUUAAGUAGUAUCUACAGUGAUUUUCCUUUUGCAUUUAAGUUAAUAAGGAAAAAAUAAAAUGGGCAUGAUGGAACAGAAGCAGGCAAAUAAGUCCCGUGUUGAAAACGUGAGGAAUUACCUUUAAACGAAUUCACUGUCUCCGUUGUCUUUGCAAUCCAGCUACAUUAUCGCCAUUUAAAUCUGAAUCUGCCCGUUUUUUUUUGUACAGGUCAUCAGAAGAGCUUUGUUAUACUGUAGAACAUAUGAAUAUGAAUCCCGUUUUUGCCCCGAGUGAUACUGUGAGCGACGAGGGAUUGACUGAUGUUGUGGUGUGCUGGAGCAUGACCGUACACAUUGAGGUGGAUACGCCCUCGGAGCGUGUAUCCACAAGUGCCCGUCAUGUGACUGCUCAGGAAUUUAGGCAAUGUAGGGAAACGUUUUCUACCACCAACAUGUCAUUCUUGUGCCCUGAUAAUGCACCGUUUAAUUGUCAUCAUUUUUUUUUAGGGGUUUAUUUUCUGUUUUUAACGUAGUCGCGACUGGGUGUGUAAACUCUUGCACCAACCAAAAUGUCCGUUGAUUGUUUUGAUAUGUCUUUUGUCCCAUCUGGUGAAAAUGUACAAAUCUUUUAGUAUUUUUUUGUAUGUAAAUUAUUUGAAAAGUUCAACAAGUAAUCAAUAAUGGGAUGCUAACUAAGGAUGCUACCUCCUCAACUGUAGUGGCUGCCAGCAGUGCUUUGUAAGAGAAUAGUCUAUUUUCAUUUGUUUGCAUUCUCGGCUUUAUGUCGACACUUGUGGUUGUACAUCAUCAUUUUAGUUUGUGGGAGGAAUCUAUGUACUGUAAACUGUGAUUUUAUUUUUUAAAUCAAACUAUUAACUAUGAAUUUUUUUCCGUUGUUCCUUUUAUAGAUCAAUACUUUCAGAAUAAUACCGAAAAAAAUAUCUCACCGAAUUUCAAUUCAAAUUAAAUCUUAUUUGAUGUUUUUUCAUGUGAGAUCUCCUCAAGUUGUUAUUUUUAUUUUGUUCGAGUAGACAGAUAAUUCUUUACAUUGUUUAUGAAUAAAAUUUGAAGAACAUAA